AUGACAGAAGUGAAAGGAACUCCCAUCAUUAAAGGUUCACGAACAAUGCAAAUAACUGGCUUAUAUAAAGGAAGGGCAAUUAUUAUAAAAGACUCUUACAGUGUUAUAAAUAAGAAGCUUAAACUAUUUCCUGCUAUGUUUAACUUACAAACAGGACCGAAAGAAGUAUUUCCAUACAACUACUACAGCAGUGUUUUGUUAGCAAAUGACAACAGAACUGGUGUCAUUUCUGAAGCAUGUAAGUUUAUCCGGGAUGCAGAUACAUUCAUGAAAAACAUAGAUUCCAUCAAAGGUUGCAGAAUAGAUGAGAACCACUUCGACUUAGAAAAGUAUAGCACAUUUUAUUGCAAACAAGAUGUAAGAAUUUUAAGAGAAGGUUUUGUUAAGUUCCGCAAUGACAUAUUGAAAGAAUUUGAUUUAAACGUUUAUGACUACGUUAGUAUUUGUUCAAUUGCUAACAAAUUAUUUGAGAACAGAGUGUACUUCCCGAAUGGAAAUUUAUAUGACCUCUCAAAUAAACCAAGAGAAUUUAUUUCACGCUGUAUUCAAGGUGGAAGAUGUAUGCUGUCAGAUAACAUUAAACAAAAGAGCGAAAAGAAACUCAUUGCUGAUUUCGACGCUGUUUCAUUAUAUCCAUCAGCUAUAGCAAGACUUUAUACUUUAGAAGGUAUUCCAAAGGUUAUGAAGAAAGAAAUGUUAAGCACAGAGUAUCUCAUGAGACAUUUAUUCGAUGACGACCAAAAGGAACCCAUUGGUGAAAAGUUUAUGUCUGGCUUCUUUGUUCUCAUUAAGAUAACAGAGAUUGGAAUACAUAGACACUUUCCUUUAAUAGUUUGUGACCCUGAACUAAAUCCAGAACUUAACGUUCCCAGAAGUUCAAACACUUGCUGUUUAAUGUAUGUUGACCAUAUAACAUUACAAGACCUCAUAAAAUAUCAAGGUGUCAAAUGUGAAGUGUUGCAAGGAUACUAUUACGAUGGAAACAGAGAUAUUAGAAUAAGAGAUGAAGUAAAGAAGUUGUUUGAGUUAAGGUUAAAGUAUAAGAAAGAAGGAAAUCCUUUGCAAGAAAAUAUAAAGCUCAUUCUGAACAGUAUUUAUGGCAAAACUAUUCUAUCUCCUAUUGAGUCAAAAAUAACCAUAGUAAAUGACAAAGAUGCUAUAAGAUAUGCCAUCAGAAACUACAACCAUAUAGUGAAGUUCGAAGGUUUGGAUGGUUCAGAUAAAACUAUUUUCAAGCUAACGAAAAGCAUUUGCAGACACUUUAACUUCUGUCCACUUGGUGUUAACAUUCUGUCUAUGUCGAAGAGAAUAAUGUGUGAAGUAUUCUGUACUGCUGAGGACUUAGGAAUGGACAUCUUUUAUAGCGAUACGGACAGUAUGCAUCUCUACAAUGAAGAUAUCCCUCGUUUAGCUGAAGAGUUUGAGAAAC